AUGUUUACUGUUAGGUGGCCAUCAUUGCCGUCGCUAGGAUUAUUUUCAUCCUCGCCCACCCAAGCGAUUGAUCUACCACCGGUUAAUGUCCAUGAAACCGAGACAGCUCAAGACAAGCCGGCCCGGGCAUUGAAGCACUUACUGAAAUUGAACCAUGUCGAGAACUCGCUGUUCGACCGUCAGAACUUUCCUAAUCAGCUAAUGCAUCUCUUAAGCUCCUCCUUUCUGCAAGGUGCAGACGCCGAUAAUUUAGGUCGGUUGUAUGAGAAGGAAGUGUCUAAUCUGGUGAAAUGGAAAGAAUCGCCGGCAGAAAUCACUACUCUCGACUGGCGAGGCCACCUGGGAUGCCGAGGAUAUGAUCGAGCUUUCGUGGACUUCUUUGAAGACGAAAUGGUCAACCUUAACUAUGACUGGAAGGAAGUUGUGGCCGAGUACUUAUUUACCGGGAAAGAGCCCAUGUUUGAUUCUAUAAUGGCUUCUCUCGGAUUGCCAUUGAUCCAUCUUGCGUACGCCUUUGAAUUGGACAGUCGUGAAAUCGCAAUGGAAGCACUUGGUCUUGCAGCAACCUGCCAUAAUGGCAUAUACAAGUCCUUGGAGGACCCUAAGAACUCCAAAAACGAGGCUACAUAUGAAUUAAAGUCACUUUUUGCAAUUCUUGAUCUAGUCCGGAAAGAUGAGGGCUUGGAUGGUCUUUUUUCCACUCCUGGCAGCGACAAUCUCAGUACCCUUUUUGUCAGUCGCAACGCCGUGCUUCUCAAUCACUGGAAGGCGUGGAAGAUCGAGAAUCCAGUCGAGCAGUUCCGCGAAAGCCAAGAGCUUGCAGCUGCCUUGCUCGUUGGAACAGCAGUUGAUUCGACUGGGCAUUACGAUUGGUUCUUCGCUUUGAACCUCGCAACCAGCCACGCUGUCCGUGUCGUGCUGCCGUUCAUUCCUCCCCAGUUCCAAAUCUAUCUUCUUCGACAAUGGUGGCUAAUCUGCAUUGGUAUCUACGUCGCGCAACUGCGGCCUGAGAUCAAAAUGGAUCAGAUUCGGAAUUAUGAACUGAAUGGAAAGGACUGGGAAUGGGUUGCCCAGAAAGCUGUCAAUGGUGAAUUCUCAUCAGAUGUGUACUUUGUCACGACCACCCGAGCACUGAAGGGACUGGCCUCGACAUGGGGCGAUGCAGACAGCUUCUUCUUGAAGGCUGCUGUACGAUUUGCGACUGAGUUCAAGGGUUGGCGAGGUAACUUUGUCGGAUAUGAGCUGUAG